AUGUUAGCAGAAUAUGCUCACUUAUGUACUCUGUUUUUCUACGUCAAUAUCUCCUUUUUAAAGUAUUCAGUAAUUCGGAAUCCGGUACAAGUAAAACUAAGAUGUUUCAGUAAUUCGGAAUCCGGUACAAGAAUCAAAUGGUGCACCAAUCGUUCCAGUCAUAUUUAUAUGUACACUGUACAGGAAUUAAUUGCUAUGAAGAGGACAUUUGUCAUCGAAGAAUGUUGCAUAAUAAUGGAAGGAGCGCAAAGGAAUGUAACAAGAGUUAAAGAAGAAAAUGAGGAAGAGAACAAUUUUGUUGGGAGUGCAGCCAGACUUCGCCAGUUUUCGCCAUCAACUUAA